GGUAAUAAUGAUAGUCACGAUAAUAACGAUAAUAACGAUAAUAACGAUAAUAACGAUAAUUACGAUAAUAACUAUUGUAACGAUAAUGACAAUAAUAACGACAAUGUCGAUUAUAACUAUAAUAAAGAUAAUAACGAUAAUGACUAUAAUAACGAACAUAACAAUAAUAACGAUAAUAUCGACAAUAAUGAUUGUAUCGAUAGUAACGAUAAUAACGGUAAUAACGAUGAUAAUGAUAAUAGCGGUAAUAAUGAUAAUAACGAUAAUAACGAUAAUAAUGAUAAAAAUGAUAAUAACGAUAACAAAGAUAAUAACUGUGAUAACUUUGAUAGCGAAUACAACGAUAAUAACGAUAAUAACAAAAAUUACGAUAAUAAAGAUAAUUACUAUAAUAACGAUAAUAGCGAUAAUAAUAAAAAUAAUAAUUAUAACAAAUAUAAUAAUAAUGAUAAUAAUAAUAAUAGUAAUAGAAAUAAUAAUAAUUAUAAUAUUAAUAUUGAUAAUGACGAUGAUAACGAUUAUAACGAUAAUAACGAUAAUAGGGAUAAUAACGAUGAAAACGAUAACGAUAAUAACGAUUAUAUUAGUAAUAACGAAUGUAUCGUUAAUAACGAUAAUAAGAGUAAUAAAGACAAUAACGAUGAUAAUAAUAAGAACGAUAAAAACUAUUGUAAUAAUAAUAUCGAUUAUAAUGUUAAUUAUAUUAAUUAUAAUAAUGAUAACAAUAAUAUUAAUGAUAAUAACGAUAAUAACGAUGUUAAUAAUAACAAUGAUAAUAAUAAUAAUAAACAUAAUAAUAAUAAUAGUAAUAAAAAUAACGAUAAUAAUAAUACUGAUAGUAACAAAAAUAAUAACAAUAAUAAGAAUAAAAAUAAUAACAAUAAUAACAAUAAUAAUAAUAACAAUAAUAGUAUUAAUAAUAAUAGUAAUAAUAAUAGUAAUAAUAAUAAUAAUAACGAUAAUAAAAACUAUAAUAAUAACAAUAACAAUAACACUAAUAAUAACAAUAAUAAUAACAAUUAUAACAACAAUAAUAAUAGCAAUGAUAAUAACAAUAAUAAUACCAAAAAUUAUUACAAUAAUAAUAACAAUAACUAUAAUAGUAUUAAUAAUAAUAGUAAUAAUAAAAGUGAUAACAAUAAUAAUUAUAACAGUAAUAAUAAUAGGAAUAAUAGUAAUAAUAAUAAUAAUAAUAAUAAUAAUAAUAAUAAUAAUAAUAAUAAUAAUAAUAAUAACAAUAAUAACAACAAUAACAAUAACAACAACAACAAUAAUAACAAU